AUGGGCCUCCUUCCUCUCCACCACACCCGCCACCACUCCACCCCUACUUCCAAAACUCCUCGGUCCUCCCGCACCUCCUCCCCUUCCACGCGGCGACGGUCGGGUAUCAUCCUCCAGAGGAUAGCCUGCUUGCUUAUCACUGUUGCGAUAGUAGGGCUCUGGUGCGCAAGGGAUCUGGUGUAUGACUCGUACACGCUUGCUGCGCUGCCGCUGUUGAAAUGGAGGCAGGGUGCCUCGAGUUUCUAUCUCUCGGUGGAGAAUGAUGGGUUUGAUGUAACGUUUGAGUCGUAUGAUGUUAAUCAGACGUCGACCAGGGGAGAAGAAGGAUAUGAGGAUAGGGUGCCGGGUAUAUUGCACCAUAUUGCCCUGGGGCCGCAGGAGAAUCAGAAGGAGGGGUGGCAGGAGGCGAGGGAGAGGUGUGUGGAGUUGCAUCCUGGGUGGGAGGCCAUGUUGUGGACGGAUGAGAAGGCUGAUGAGCUGGUGAGGGAGCACUACCCUGAGAUGCUGGGGCUGUGGGAGGGGGAAGACGGGUACAGGUAUGGUAUUCAGAAAGUGGAUGCGCUGAGGUAUAUGGUUUUGUAUCGAUAUGGGGGUGUCAUCUUGGAUAUGGACCUCCAAUGCAAGCGCGCCCUCGGCCCUCUCCGCCGCUUCGACUUUGUCGCUCCCGCCGCAAACCCAACUGGCUUCUCGAUCGGUUUCAUGAUGGCUGAGAAGGGCAACGAGUUUGUCGGAGAGCUGGUUGCCAACCUGAAGAGGUACAACAGGCACUGGCUCGGACUUCCCUAUCCGACAGUCAUGUUCUCGACUGGGUGUCACUACGCCUCCACUAUUCAUGCCUUCUUCCGCGGUGAUCGCAGCAAGUUGAAGAUCUUGGGCGGUACCAAGGACAACAAAAAGCUGCAUAUGCUGAGCGGACCUGUCAACACGCCCCUAUUCAAGCAUCUUGGAAGCUCGAGUUGGCACUCAUAUGAUGCCGCUAUGAUUGUGAAUUUGGGCAAGUCGGUGGGUGGGUCACGGUGGAGGCUGCCCAUUAUGUUUCUGCUUGCUUGUGGGCUGUUUUUCUUGGUUAUUAGGAGAAUCAGGAGGAGGAGGAGGGUCGCGAGUCUGAAGGUGUAA